UAACGAAAAGGUGGUAGAAGUUGAAUUUUGUAGACUUUUCCGCGGGAAACAUACCAUUCCAAAAUGCAAAACACCGUGGUGAAGAACAUUUUCGACAACUUUAACGAGUACCUGUCGAAAGAGCAGGAACUUCGUACGGAAAUACGAGACAUCGUGCGGGACAUUGAUCAGGCAGCGAAAGAGGCGGCCAUUGCGCUACAAAUUAUUCACAGCAGCAUUGCCGACGUGCCGGGUGCCUGUGUCACCGCGCGCAAGCACUUCGACACGUGCCGGGCCGGGUACGGUAAGCUGGCGGAACUGAUUCCGGACGGCCAGUACUAUCGCUUCAACGACCACUGGCACUUUUUGACGCAGCGCAUCGUUUUUCUGAUCGCUCUUACGGUGUAUCUCGAGAAGGGGUUUCUCGUUAACCGCGAAACGGCGGCCGAAGUGUUGGGACUGUGUGUCGAGCAGAAGGAUGGAUUUCACCUGGACAUAGAAGAUUACUUGAUGGGAGUACUUCAGCUCGCAUCGGAACUGAGCCGUUACGCGGUCAACUCGGUCACCCUCGGUGACUACGAGAAACCGUUGACCAUCUCCAAGUUUGUGGCUGAUCUGAACUCGGGUUUCCGUUUGUUGAAUCUGAAGAACGAUUCGCUACGCAAGCGCUUUGACGCGCUCAAGUACGACGUCAAGAAGAUCGAAGAGAUCGUCUACGACAUCAGCUUACGGGGACUGCGUGGUGGUGAGACGGCAACCGCCGCCGCGGAAGUGAAACAGGAACCAAACUAACACCGUAACCCAUUGCUCACAACGACAUACCGCGCAGACUGUUUUGAUUUUUCUGAAUAAACUGGUUCAUGGCCCC